AUGGUGCUUCUGGCAUGGUUGCUGGUGACGCUGGUCGUGGCAGAGGGAAGGACGUCGGAUCAUGAGGUGGGAGAAAAUAAGGAUCUCUUAGUCCAAAAAUCGGAAGAUCUUCAUAGACUCCGGAGAGAUGUGGACUCUGCAGUUGCUACUUCCUACGGUCAUAAGGGGAGCCACAGGGGCGAAGCCGACCAUCACUCGGGGAGGACCUCGGAACUUGAAGUGGGAGAAAAAGAUCUCGUAGCCCAAAAAUCUGAAGAUCUUCUCAGACUCCGAAGAGAUGUGGAUUCCGCCGUAGCUGCUUCCCACGGGCACAAGUGGAGCCACGGGGGCGGAGCCGACCAUCACUCAGACCACCACAGCAGCCACGGACACAAGGCUGACAAGGGCUAUAAGAGUCAUCAUCAUCACGACCACGGCAAGAAGGGGCAUCACGACAAAGAGGGGAAGAGUGGACACUUCGAGGAGCACGGCGGCCAUAAGAAGAAACACCAUGAUGAAGGGGGCUACCACAAGGAACACCACAAAGGAGAGAAAGGCCACAAGGGACACAAAUACCACGACCACGGCUCAUACAAGAAAGGCCACAGCACCAAAGGCAAACACUCCGUUCACAAGCUGGACGAGCAUAAGAAGAAGAAACACUUCUACGACGAACACCACGACGAGGGCCACCACAAGAAGCACGGAGGGUACCACCAUCACCACGACAAGCACCACGGUGGGAAAUACAAGAAGGGGAAGAAACACUCGGGCUACCACGAGGACCACAAGGGGAAGAAGGGACACCACAAGAAGGGGAGUCACCACCACGAACACGCGGGGCACAAGAAGGCGGCCGGACACGACGAUAAGUACGGACACAAGUCUGAACACGGGAAGAAAGGAGGACAUAAGGAUCACAAGGAGUGGCAUUGGCAUAAGAAACACUGA